AUGGCAGCGCAACAAACCUCGGAUAUCGUCAUCAUCGGCGGCGGCAUUGUUGGAGCUGCUCUGGCUUACUUCCUGACUUUAUCCGACGACGGAAAGAAAGUGACCGUCAUCGACCGUGCCUUUGGACAGCUGAAAGGCUCAACCGCCUACGCCCCGGGAUUCGUCGGCCAGUUCAACGAAUCCGAGGUUCUGACACGUCUUGCAAUUGAAAGUGUUAAGGAGUACUUAGAGAUACCUGGUGGGCUUGAUCUUGUCGGAGGGCUUGAAGUUGCUACCAGCAACACUGGACUUGAGAAGCUCAAUUGGAGGCUUACAACAGCAAAAGAAAGGGGUCUUGAAGCAGUCCUCAUAUCGGCUCAGCAGGCGGCAGAAUUAGCGCCAGACUUGGUCAAGCCGGAUAAUGUUGCUGCGCUGCAUUUCCCUAGAGACGGAAUCGCCAACCCCACAGUCAUUGCUGCCUUCUUCCAAUCCAAGGCUCGUGCAAGAGGUGCAAAGCUUCUCGAAGCCGACGUUAACCAGGUUCACCGAGCUGAUGGCCGGGUGACCGGGGUGACAACAUCCGCAGGGUGUAUCGAAGCUCAAACGGUUAUCCUCGCUACCGGAAUCUGGGCCCAAAACCUCGCCGAUUUCGGUAUUCCGGUCCCAGUUAUCCCUGUCGCCCAUCCAUACAUGUACGGAAAGAAGCACAAGCCCAAGUCCCAUAAGUCACCGUUCGUCAGGUACCCCGAGCAUCACGUAUACGCACGGGACCAUGGCCCAUUCUUCGGUCUCGGGUCAUAUGAUCAUAAGCCCUUGGCCGAGCAACCAAAAGGAGCUGCUCUUGGAAAAUGGGUGGAGGAAUUUGACACCACUCUGGACCGUGCACUAAAGUUGAUUCCUGAAGAGACAAACCUGGUCGCGAACGAAAAGUUCAACGGGAUCUUCUCAAUGACCCCGGACAAUAUGCCGUUGGUAGGCGAGAUCCCGGCAGCGAAGGGCUUGUAUAUGGCAGCAGCAGUCUGGGUCACCCACGCAGCUGGAUCCGCCAAGUUUUUGACUCAAUUGUUGAGAGGAGAAACCGUCGACGCGGCGGUGAAAAAAGCUCUCGACCCGACUCGAUUCCAAGGGCGUGAUUUGGAGAGUCUGGAGCAAGAGUCCCUCCACUGCUAUAACAGCAUUUAUUCGACACGUGAGAGCUCAUGA